GAAACCAUAUCCAACAAAACAAUAAAAACACGACGCAACACACUCCCACCACAAACACUACACAAUGGCCGCUUCAAUCGCCCUCAAGACCUUCACCGGCCUCCGUCAAUCCUCGCCGGAAACCACCGUGCAGUCCCACCGACCCACUACCCUCUCCUACCGCCCCCUCCGCAUCUCCGCCGGUAAAUUCAGCCCCAAAGUCACUGGCCGAAAUCUUCGCGUUGCUGUUAUAGGUGGUGGCCCAGCUGGCGGCGCAGCCGCCGAAACUCUCGCGAAGGGCGGCAUUGAGACUUUCUUAAUCGAGCGCAAGAUGGACAACUGCAAGCCGUGCGGCGGCGCGAUCCCGUUGUGUAUGGUGGGCGAGUUUGACCUGCCGUUGGAUAUCAUUGACCGGCGAGUCACGAAGAUGAAAAUGAUCUCACCUUCGAAUGUCGCGGUUGAUAUUGGGCGGACUCUAAAGCCGCACGAGUACAUAGGAAUGGUUCGCCGAGAAAUUCUCGACGAUUAUCUUCGCACCCGAGCUUCUGACUCGGGUGCGAAGGUAAUCAACGGCUUAUUCCUCAAGAUGGAUAAGCCAGUGGCGAAGACAGCUCCGUAUGUGAUUCACUACACAUCUUAUGACGGGAAGUCUGGGGUGGCCGGGAAGCGAGAAUCUCUGGAAGUGGACGCCAUAAUUGGCGCCGACGGAGCCAACUCCCGCGUCGCGAAACAAAUCGGCGCGGGAGAUUACGAGUACGCCAUUGCGUUUCAGGAGAGAAUUAAAAUUCCUGAUGAUAAGAUGACGUAUUACGAAGAUCUCGCUGAGAUGUACGUUGGUGAUGACGUGUCGCCUGAUUUUUACGGGUGGGUUUUCCCGAAAUGUGACCACGUAGCGGUUGGGACGGGGACGGUGACUCACAAGGGUGAUAUCAAGAAGUUCCAGCUGGCAACUAGGUUGAGAGCGAAGGAUAAGAUCUUGGGAGGGAAAAUUAUUCGGGUUGAGGCUCACCCGAUUCCCGAGCACCCGCGCCCGAAGAGGCUAUCCGACCGUGUCGCCCUGGUGGGCGAUGCGGCUGGAUACGUUACAAAAUGUUCGGGUGAGGGGAUUUAUUUUGCGGCCAAGAGUGGGAGAAUGUGUGCCGAGGCAAUAGUGGAGGGAUCGGAGAAUGGGAAGAGGAUGGUUGAUGAGGCGGAUUUGAGGAAGUACUUGGAGAAAUGGGAUAAAGCGUAUUGGCCGACUUACAAGGUGCUUGAUAUAUUGCAGAAGGUGUUUUACAGGUCGAAUCCGGCCCGGGAGGCGUUUGUGGAGAUGUGUGCUGAUGAGUAUGUGCAGAAGAUGACGUUUGAUAGUUAUUUGUACAAGAAGGUUGCCCCGGGGAAUCCAUUGGAGGAUAUCAAGCUGGCUGUGAAUACUAUUGGGAGCUUGGUCAGGGCUAAUGCUCUUAGGAGAGAAAUGGACAAGAUUAGUGUAUGAACGACUUGAUUUUUCCCAGCAUUGUUGUUUUUAUGUGUUUUUAAGAUGACAAUUGCAGUCUCAGUGUAUUAUAUUUUCACUCUUGUAUAACUCGUUUCAAUCAAGCAACUUCUGCAGUA